AUGGAAGUGUUAUCCUUAAAUACAGACUGGCGUGGUGGAAACGGCGGACAAGUUGUCAGUAUGGACGGGUCACUGCCACGACUUGGCAAUUUAAUCUCUGUACCAAAGGAGCCUAAGGCAAGUCGUGCUUCUCUGCCCCUCAAUCUUCCACCAGUGAACGUGUCGCAAAAAGUAUCUGCUGGGAACAAUACGCUGCUAGGUUCCAAAGAAUCAGAGCAAAGCAUCACAAAGGCCAGCACUGAAGACACGCCAGCACGUGUUAAAAUCAACUACCUUGCGCGUGACAAGGCACUAUCAAUUUUACAACAAUACAAUUCUAUAGUUGCGGAUGACACGUCACUCGCAGUAAGGAACCUACCGCCUGUUAAGGUUUCCAUUCGCGCGAAAGGUUCCAAGCCGGAAAAGCGUCCGUCGGAUAGGCCCAACGCCAAUAAACAAACAGCUCCUGUGUUCACGGAGGGUAUCAGCUCAAUAAGUACGCGUCAAGGCCCGUCAUUUCUGGUUUCCAAGGAGAGUGUGCUACGUGCAAAUCUACCAGAUGACGUUUCACUAGCUCAACAUAACAAUCAAUUCGCAUUCAACAUCAAACAGAAGCGGCGAAAGCACGUAGUUAAGGAUGGGGUCGGUACAUCCCAAUACAAACAGCUGAAAAUGCUUGGAUUUGAUAGCUUACCUCCCGUUGAUCUUGGCGAAUACAUGAGGAAACAACUACUUCAGAAAAAGAGCGGUAGUAAAGGUGAAGGACAACAUAUUAAUAUGUCUGGUAAGUCUAGCUACGGCUCUUCGUCCAUACGUAGAUUUGACAAACAAAGUGUUGGAUCAUCAGUCAGUGCCACUCCAGACACGUAUCGAAGUGGACGACAGGCUCUGAAAACUUCUUUGAAGUCUAAGGUUGACACCAGAUUAAAACGUAAAAAUCCAACGAAAGUAAGUCCGACUUAUCAGGGCAGCAAUUACCGCGGUGAUAGACUUAAUAUCGUGUCUAUAGGACAAAAUAAGUCCAGUCUUCUCGAUAAUUCAAGCCCAAGACGGUUCGUACCGGGGACCUAUCCCCAAUUCGACUGGCGGGCACGUGUCCAUGAGGAGUACAGACGGUUGAAAUUUGUUCCAGUGGACCCGUCUCUUAAUGGUGUGUGUUCUUUGGCCCCAAUCAAGGUAGGUCUUCACCAUCAAGAGCUCCCUCCUCUGAACUUUACUGACGAUGUUCCAAAACGUUUUUCUUCGUAUGAUGGAGUGCGGCGAAUAUUUCGCGAUGACGUAUUCGGUGAUAAAUCCAACCCUUUUUAUAGACGUAAUUUGUACAAUCGAGCAAUCGGGCGGGUAACAUCUGCUAACAGCACAAGUACCAGUACUAGCAAUUCUAACCAUGUGAUCAACCCACCCCCUUCUUUUGUGUCUAGUAGCGAUGAUGAAACUUGGCCAAAACAAGUGGAAACUAUCCGGGAAAUGCAGCCCUUGAAAGAGGAAAACCCUUCAGUAGUAAGUGAACAUGCACCGACAUCUAAACAUGCAGAUUUGUUAAAAACCAAAAAGCAAAACAGUCCAGUGUUGACUCCGCGGGAAAUAGUUGAAAAAAAUCGUGUUGCUAAACCCCGAAAACAACAAUCAGUUGGGAAUGUUGUUACCUUGGGGACGGAUCUAGCCCCUGUUGUUUCUGAGAACAAAUCUUUGACAGUUCCCCCAGGAGGAUCAGGUUCCCUCCCCUAUCAAGGGGGAAAUGGUUUCUUGUCACCACCGGUCGUAUCAAUGAUGAACGAAGCUCGACCACCAAUGAUAGGGGAGAGUGAAGCCAAGCAGAAACGAAACGGGGAAGAAGAAGACUCUAUGUAUAGCGAUCCCUCCGCAGAUUCUAAUUCACAGAAAGUCACAGUUCACACAGUUCAGCUGCUACCGGACCAAAUUCCCGCUAGACCCAACGUGACCUCAGUUACACCUGUCAUCAGUGUUACAAGCGAUUCAGGUGUUAACGAACCCGUAGUGUUCAGAGAUUCGGACUCGGAAGAUUCUUUUGGUGCGUACAACCGCAAAAUGGCACUUACUAGUAAGAACGUGCAGUUUGUGUCGCCUUUAGAUCCUGGUCAAGGUGUUGCGAAAAGACAAUAA